GCUCUGCGGGCACAAGUUAUAGCAGAGCGGUCGAAAAAUUCCGUGAAAGUUGAGACUGCGCGGAGGACGAAAAACAACACGAAGACGAAGAAGAAGAGAGGAAAAUAAAAGACAAUAAACUUUGCCGUUGACCUCCAACGUGAACAGCUCGAGGACAAGUGAGACAUUUACGUGACUCGAGUUUUUCCAGAACAUUUCCCGACCUCGCCGCCUCGAGAAGGGACUCGUCUGCUAAACAAGUAGCAGCCGCGCAGUUAUUUUUUAUUAUUUUGAAACUUUUUCUGGACGUCUGCAUCUGCAAAAAUGCUCCAUUUUGGCCUGGUGCUUUUAGCUGCCUCCUCCUGUGUCUUCUCAGAGUCGCAGGUGAGGGAGACUGAAACCUGGAUGCCCCUGAAGGCCACACACUUAGUCGCCAUGGCAACGCGCCACCACGAUUCGCCAGGAUUGUCAGGAGACGGCCAGAACGGCUCUGACUUUGGCUUCGAGGACGAGGAGGACGACGAAGACUACUACGACAAUUACGAAGACGAGAUGUCGGGGUCUGGUGACGGAGAGACUACUCAAUCGACCGGACGCGACGUGGCGACGCCCACUGAGCCUGAUGCUGACAACAAGAUUCCAGAGGCAGAGCCGCCGACGCCGCCCGGCGCCAACGAGGUAGAGAUAGUGCGGAACAGCAAUGAAAUUCCUCUGCUGAGGAACGGGCUAGACCCUGGCGCCGAGCUGCCGUCCAACGUGUUGAUGUCCCACGCCACCAACGACAGCGGCUUCCCCAAAACCGGAGUCCUAGCAGCGCUCAUCGCAGGCGGGGCCGUGUGCUUAACGCUCGCCAUUUUGCUUGUCUUGCUGCUCGUCCACCGCAUGAAGAAGAAGGACGAAGGAAGCUACGAGCUGGGAAAGAAGCCUAUCUACAAGAAGGCUCCCACUGCAGAAAUCUAUGCUUAGGCUCCGCCCAAUAGUCAUCAUCAGCAAUGGGACUGACUCCUCCUCCUCCUGAGCCAACCAGGGGCCUUAUUUGUCCUUAUUUAUUCACUACACAACCUAAGCUGUUAGCUAUGGAUGACGCUAAUCUCCCUCAGAAUAUUCCAGUUAAAAUUCCCGUGAGGGAUUUGACCUUCAUGAUUUUAGAGCACACACACAAACUGAUGUGAAAAUCUAAAAUGAAUCCAACCAGUCUCAAUCUUUGUUAGCAAGGCCAUGAUGCUACGAGUUAAGCUAACGUUAGGUUGGUGCUCCAUGUUGUUUGUCAGGUGACGCCCAACAGCGCCUCCUACAGGCUGACCGUAGCCAAUGGCAUGGAAAGGCAGUUUUGGCUUAGUUUAGCAAAGAAGCUACUGAACAAGUUUUUCUUUGGAGCGUUUAACUUCCAACCCUUUUCCUAUGAACACGCCUUGCUAGUUUGUGAAUAUUUGCGUACUUCCAUAUUUGUUCUAGCAGUGGGCGUUGUGGUACUUCUUUGUCAAUAAGCUAGUUGUUUUUUUUGUUUUCAAACAAGGUACGUAAAAGUGUCUGCCAAAAAUUUCAAGCCAAACAAUUUUUGAUACUAACUUGUUAGAAUGUUUUUAUAUGCUAGUUUGACAUUUCACACCAUUCUAUUUUUCUAGAAGCACAUGAUUAUGUGACACACUUUGACUUCCCACUGGCAAACCGCGUUUGAGGCUUGCGGCGCGGUAUGCUAGUCUGCUGCUGAAGGUCAAAGGUCACCAAACUGUCAUUAUUUUUGGAAAUAAACAUUUUUAUGCACAUCAA